CACCGUUUCCCAACCCUACUUGUGAUUGCGAGGCAAACCAAUGAAGCAGGUAUGACGACGAAAGGGGAAGGUAGUACAAGUGGGGAAGCAGUUGAAUACACAAAGUCUCAUUGAUAAGGGCAAACAGUGGUAGUGGCCUAUGUGCAGGAUGAAGAGGAGGGGAAUUCAGGUGGCUCUGCAACGAUUCUGGUUGGUACUAACGAUUCUGGAAGGUAGAAUAGUUAUGCGAAAUGAAAAAAAAAAUCGCUACGAUCGAAUAUCCGAGUGCAAAAUUACGUUUUUUUGAAGUUUCGGCCGAAGUUAGGAGUUGAUCGAAAAAAAUUUUUUUGGACCAAACCGCUGGGUGGGGUGGCGGUUUGGCCCAAAACCGCCGCCCCUUAGCCCAGCGGUUUGCAUAGAAAAUCGCGCCCCCGCCCCGCGGUUUUCGUGCAAACCGCAGGAUAGAGUGGCGGUUUUUGAAAAAUGGUGGUAUUUUUGGAAUUUUUUGGGGUGGGUGGUAUUUUUGGAAUUCAUUUUUUAAAUAGUGCUUCACCAAUUCUGCCUACUGAGGACGAUUGCUAGCAUGUUAUAAAUGGGGGUAGGGCAAAGCGCACUCCGCUGGGUAGCCCCACAAGUGUCUUGCAGGUAUCACCUUCUUCAUUCCAUUGCGAUUUUAGGUGAUGUGAUUUAUGACUCUUUUGGAAAUCAGAUAUCACAUUGCGGGUUCUAAAGCAGCGCAAAAACUUAACUCAUGCUAUGGUUGUUGGAUCAGAUCGGAUUCAUGUAUUCUUAACUGUUGUGUAUGUCUCUAAUGAGGAAACUGAAAGAAUGAACACUUAUAUGGAGAUCAGUAGAUAUACAGUAAAGAACAUGCCAUGGAUUGUUGGGAGAGAUUUUAAUGUAGUGGUACAUCCUAUGGAGUAUGGAGACUUCUAAUCUGAGAAUGAAGAUUUCUAGUAUGACAGAUUUUGGGACUUGGCUUAAUGAUUCUGAGUUGCUAGAUUAUCAAACAACGGGGCCUUGAUUUAUAUGGGUGAAUAAUGAACAGAAUAAUCCAAUUGCAAAAAGAUUAGACAUGAUAGUUGUUAAUGAGGAAUAGAUUGAGUAGUUUCCAAACUGUAGGAUGGAGUCAGUAUUGGCACCCUUCACAGAUCACUGUGGUAUCCUAGUUGAAACAGUUCCUGCUCUGCAGUCAAUUCCUAAAGCUUUUAAGUACUUUGAGUUCUAGGAAGCGCAUCCAGAUUUUAUGAAAUUUGUGGAAGAGGCGUGGGCCACUCCUGUUGAGGGUUGUCCAUGGUAUAUCAUUCACUGUAAACUGAGAGCAGUGAAGCAAGCCCUGAAGAAGCUCAAUCGAGACCAUUUUUUAAUAAUAUCAAUGAUCAGGUUAGACUGGCGGAGCAACAGUUAAUGACACUCCAAACUGAGGCUUUUACUAAUCCCGAUGAAUCAACAUUUGCAGCAAUGAAUGAUAUGCAAGUUAAGUAUGAUGAGUUGAGGAAAAUGGAAGAAAGUUUCUUCCGGCAAAAGUCAAGAGUGGACUGGUUAGCUAAGGAUGAUAAAGGGACUGGUUUCUUCCAUCAAUCUGUGAGAAUUCGAAAUUCAAAGAAGACUAUUAGGAUAUUGGUGAAUGAUGUAGGAGAGAAACUUUUGGAGAUUGAUCAGAUUUCAGAGGAGGCAGUGACUUAUUAUGAGAAGAUGUUUGGAGUGGUCAAUGACGAGGUUCAGAUUGAUGAUAUGCUUUGAGGUCCUUAAUAAAUAAUCAAAUUUUAGAGGAGACUGCUGAGUUACUAUGUCUGGAAAUUAGUGUAGAAGAUGUAAGGAAGGUGAUCUUUGAUCUUAAUAGUCAAAAAGCCCGUGGUCCUGAUGGAUUUUCUGCAGGCUUCUUCAAGCAUACCUGGCACAUUAUUGGCAGAGAUGUCAUAGCUGGGUACUUGACUUCUUCUCUUCUUGCAGGAUGAUAAGUGAUAUUAAUGCUACUACAUUUUUCUAGUGCCAAAGGUUCCUAAUGCAGAGAGGUUAAAGGACUUCAGACCCAUCUCCUGUGUGAAUAUAUUGUACCAGUGUGUCUCGAAGUUACUUGCAAAUAGGUUAUGACUGGCUAUGCCUCACAUUAUAAGCUUGAAUCAAACUGCUUUCAUCACUGGGAGAGGAAUUAUAGACAACAUUCUCCUUUCACAGGAGCUUGUGAGUGGUUACCAGGGGAAACACAUGUCGACUAGGUGUGCCAUUAAAGUGGAUUUAAAGUAGGCAUUUGACUCAGUCCACUAGGAAUACCUUUUCAAGGUGAUGGGCUUCAUGGGAUUUCCUGAAAUGUUUGUGAAAUGGAUCAGGGUUUGCUUGUCAACAACUCAUUUCAGUAUUAGCAUAAAUGAUGGACUUUGUGGUUUCUUUAAAGCCAAGAAAGGUGUUAGGCAAGGGGACCCUCUGUCCCCUUACCUAUUCUGCAUUGCAAUGGAGGGACUAUCUGGUCUUCUUAAGAAAGUUGCGAGUUCAGGUUAUCUUCUGUUACAUCCUCAGUGCAGCAGGGUGGGGCUGAAUCAUCUGUGUUUUGCAGAUGAUUUUCUCAUUUUCACUACUGGUUCUGCUCAAUCUCUUCUCAAGGAAUCCUCUUUACUGACUAGCAAUGGACCUGAGCGCAACUUGAGCAUUCCCGGCGGCACCCUUGGUAUCGGAGGCGAAGCCUCCCCGAUGUUAGUAGCAUAAAGUCCCGAUUAGUAUGCAGGUACCCCUGUAAUUUAGUAGGCCACGCUGUCACUCAAGCGUCACGUGGGGCUGAGAUUCCCUGGGUUAUAAAAAAAAAAACUUUUGGAUGGUACUAACCUUGGACUACUCUUGGAAGUUUUGUUCAACUAGGAGUGUGAUUGGGCAUCUCUACUGUGCGGCAAAAAUGGUUAUUUAAUUAAUAUUCAACAGAGUUUUGUGUAUUGGUGAAUCUUCCCACUUACAUCCCCCAAAGAACAAAGGUGGCGAAGAGGGUCUCGCCGAUCGGUUUCCCUUCUAACGGCGACAGAACUCUUGCAAAGACGACGAAAAGGCCAGUCAAACCUAAGCUGCAGAGGGAACUAAACCUCUUUUAUUUAAUGUACAAGAGACCGAUUAUAUUAGUAUUGUUAUAAGAAUUGAAUUAUCAGCGAUUGGGUGAGUUGUAGGACAAACAAACUAAUUAUGAUAGCGGUUCAGUUUAUUUAUUUGGACAGAUAGCAAUGGACCUGAUGAUUUUAACGAUAUUACAUGAAAUCAGGUCAUGAACAUCCCCGAUCUGACUGGUCGACAGGUUAACUUAAGUAUCAACCACCAAAAAAUUAAGGGGGAAAUUUUCAAUGUAAACUGAGACCAUCGAACGUGAAUUACUAAUUUUAUUUAUGCUUUAUGUUUUUCUCAUUUCCCAUUCUCCUUGUCGACUAUAUGUGGUUCACUACGGGCCGCCAUGCUAAUCAUUGACUUGAAUUUAUAAGAGAAUAUAUGAAUGAUAUAUAUAUUUAAAAUUGUUUAUAGUUAGUGAUAAAUCCGGUCCUAAAUUAGCGUAUAUAAUAUACGUCUUUUAUGUUGUAGCAUGUCCAUUUCUAUUCAACGAUUAACCAACCAGUGGCGGAGGGAGAAGGUUAGAGGGUGGGUCCGAGACCCACCCUGGCUCAGGAGGAAAAAUAAUAAAUUAGGAGUUAUAGUUAAUUCGGUAUGAAAAAUAACACGUAUUUAAAUGAGAAUGGCUGACCUCUCAAAUAUAUGAUGUUUGAUUUAUAAGUUGUAUAUUGGAAAUUUGGAAUGUUCAAUGUUUUUAUAACAAGCUAUGUACAAAUGACAAUGGUGCAUAUGAUCCGUUCACAAUUAAAGAUGUACUUAUUCAAUAUCUACAACAAAUUUCCACCAAAUCAUAGCUAAUUUUCCAAAAUAAUUUAUUUCGAUCAGAGUUAGGGAGAGUGUAACGGGUGGCUCGAAAAAAGAGGAAAUUAGAAUAAUAUUUAAUUGAGAAUGAAAUUUAGCCAUUUAUUGCACGUCUAAUUGAGAAUGGUUGAUCGAGAGAUCAUGUGUUCAAAUCUUGACGAACCCAUUUGUUAAUUAGGCACAUAAUAUUCUGAUCUGCGAAAACUUUAAGAACAUAUAAGUUGAUUUUUGUUAGCGAGGAAGUGUUAGUAAAUAUUAAAUAGUAUAAGUUUUAUAAUUAAAUAAUUCUCAACAACUCGAGUUAUUGAUACUAAACGAUAUUGACAAAGAACGCCAUUCAAAAGCAAAUAUCUAACCAAAUUAUGAAUAAUUAUUCUAGACAUAUAGAGUGAUAUUUUUGAUAGUUUCGAAAUAUAUUUAAAUUAUCAAGUUUUUUAAAAUAAAAAUUACAUCCCUAAUGAUUUAAAAAGAAAAAAAAAUUAUCGUAUUUAUCUUUUUCUAAAUAAACCCACCAUCAACAAAAUUCUGGUUACGCCACAGUAUCCAACAAACAUACGAAACAGUUGUAUUGUAUAAUAGUUAACCGCUCAACCAUCCGAUUACGCCGUAACAGAGAAUUGAUUAUAACCUCGUCCUCAUCGCACACUAUUAAUAGAAGGAUUAUCCGCACGAAACGGUAUAUCAACAUCACAAUGACUGUCCACAAAAAGUUACUGCCGGCGGUUGUUUUAGCGACGGCUAUGAUACUCAUGGCGCACCCGUCGAUUCAACGGACGAUCCAGAUCACCAACAAGCUAAGCAGCAAGAUACUGAUCGUGCAUUGUGCAUCGGAAGACGACGAUCUCGGCGGCCGCCUCGUCGAGAACGGCAGCAAUUACGAGUGGAGUUUCGUGCCGGAUGCUUUCGGGUGGACGGUUUUCCGGUGCAAUUUGACGGUGGAAGAUAAGCGUCUCUCUUUCGUAACGUACGAUGAAGGUGAGUACCACAAGGAGCUGAAUUUCAAUUACUGGGUUGUCCAUGACGAUGGGGUUUAUGGGAAAGUACAAGCCGACAGCAUCGGCGCAGGAGAACGUUUUAUUCGUGGAUGGAAGUGAAUUUUGCUGCGGUAGCUAGGUUGAUGAAACUUUUGCAUGCUUUUUUCUUCUUCUUCAUUUUACGAGAGGGCAAAACUUUUAUAUGUUUUUUUUACUUCCCCACUCGUCAUUACAAAAAAAGAAGUGUCGUCCCUCCAUCGCCGGAUAUUAGCAAUCAUCAAUUCACCUCAAAUUCAUCAAAUGGAGGAAGAUGUUAUCUUGCGGUGUAUGGACACAAACACAAACCCUUUCAAGAUUCCAGGACACUCCUGCGAAUAAGGCUUGGUCAAGACGUGGAAUAUUAUGAUUGUUAGGCUUUCAACUUGGAAGUAUCGAUCAGACUCAAUUUCCUCAUACCUUGAGCUCUCCAAUAAACAAUCUUAAUUCUUACAUAAUAUGGAACAAAAUAAUCAGAAAUUGUAAUAUGAUAGCCUUUAUUAAUAUUAUCUUGGUCCCGUAGCUCAAUUGGUUAGAGCGUUGGUCUUAUGAGCCGAAGGUCGCGGGUUCGAGCCCCGCCGGGACCAAAUUUAAGCUUUUGACAUUUUCUAGAUAGCACUCUCGAUUUUAAUUUUUUGGGUACUAAUUUCUAGCUUAAUUUCUAGCUUACUGCUUUAGUUGCCAACUCUUUGGGUGAAGCGAAAUGGGUUUGGAUAUUGAUUUGAUUUUUCCUUCCUCGUUAUCUUGAUUGUCGACUUUAGUGGUGGAGGCAAGUGUUGAGUAGGGAUGGCAAUGGGUCGGGUCGGGUUGGGUCGGGUUUUGCCAAACCCAAACUCAAACUCGUGGGUUUAUCCGUGAAAAAAAUCCGGGGUAUAACCCACUGGGUUUGAAAAACUCAAAUCCAACCCAACCCGCUGGGUAUCCGCGGGUUCAUGGGUACCCACGGGUUUUUGUCGUAAAAAAUUUACUAUAACAAGUUCCUAUCAAAAUUAAAGUCAAAUAUCAAUCUCUCAAUACAAAUUAUCCAUAUAUAAAACACCAUUCUAGAAAAUACAAGCAAAUCACAAAUUAACUAUACAAAUUGUUCAACACCAAUCUAGAAAACUCAAGAAAAUUGAAGCAAAUCACAAAUUACCCGCGUUGACCGGGUUGGGUCGGGUGGGUACCCGUGGGUUCGGGUUUUGUUGUCAUCCCUAGUGUUGAGGAGUGUGAAACAAAAUGUAUAUGUAUUC